GUAUGAUGAUUAACAGUGAAAAGUUUAAGCGUAAAAAGCAAUGAGGAACAGUAUAAACAUAAUGCAAAAGUUAUGAUAAAAUUAGAAGACGCCGAGAAUGGCUUACAGGAUAAGAAAUUAGAGGAGUGUAGAGCUAAUAUAGCAGAAGCAAAAGAAAUGAUGGCUCGUCGACAGAAGCUUAUAAAACUUGCGGAUUCAGCUGAGUUGGGUUGGAGAGUCGUUCAGGAAUAUGAAGCCAAUCCUUUAGCGAGCGACUCAGACGAUGAAAAACGUAUCUUAAAAGCGGAAGCGAGGGCUUCUAAGAAGUACAAAGCAGAGAAAUCCAAGAAAACUAAGUCUGCACGUAACUGGCCAUACCGGAAACAACAGCGUAUGUUUACAGAGACCAGUCCCGGAAGUCAACAAUUGGUAGGCCGUCAAGGGCGUAGACCUGGGCUGUGCUUGCAUGUGGCAAACCGGGGCAUUGGCGAGGGGCGCCGGAAUGCCCAGAAAGGAAUACUAAUAAUAAGAUAA